UCCACGUCCCUGGGAAGGAUGGCUCAUGGCGGGGUGGUUCUGGACAAAGACCAGUUCACCUGCUCGGUGUGUCUGGAGGUGCUGAAGGAGCCAGUGACCAUCCCAUGCGGCCAUAGUUACUGCUCGGACUGCAUCCGCAGCUACUGGGACCAAGACGACUACUUGGGGGUCUUCGUGUGUCCUCAAUGCCGGCAGACUUUCAACCCGCGGCCGGUGCUCGCCCGGAGCACCCUACUGGCCGACGUGGUGGAGAGGUUUAAGCAAAGCGGACUCCAGGAGGCCUCGGCGGGUCAAAGUCUGGCGGAGGCGGACGACGUGGAGUGCGACGUGUGCCCGGAGAGGAAGAACAAGGCGGUCAACUCGUGCCUGGUGUGUCUGGCCUCCUACUGCGACCUGCACGUCCGCCAGCACUACGAGUACGCCGCCUUGAAGAAGCACAAGCUGGUGAUGGCCUCCAAGAGGCUCCAGGAGAUGGUGUGUGCUCGCCACCACAAGCUGCUGGAAGUCUACUGCCGCACGGACAAGCAGUGCAUCUGCUCGCUGUGUCUCACCGACCAUCACAAAGGCCACGACGCCGUGACCGUGGACGUGGAAAUACAACAGCAACAAAGACAGCUUGGUGAGAUGAAGCUCAACUCUCAGCAGAGCAUCCAGCAGAGAGAGAAGGAGGCUCAGGAGCUGAGACAAAGCAUCUUUUCUCUGAAUCGCUCGGCCCGGCUGGCGACGGAGACGAGCGAGUGCGUCUUCACCGAGCUGAUCCGCUCCAUUGACUUGAAACGCUUCGAGAUACGCGAGCUGAUCACCGCCCAGGAGAAGCUGGUGGUCAGUCAGUGUGAGCAGCUGCUGGAGAAGAUACACAAGGACAUCACGGAGCACAGGAGGGUCGAGGCUGAUUUAGACAAGCUUGCGCAAACCGAGGACCACCUGCACUUUCUCCAGAGUUUUCAAUCCCUGAAAGCCACACCUGCGUCCUCUCCUCUGCAAGCCGUGGCGCUCGCCCCCAACUUGACCUUUGACCCUGCUACAAAAGCUGUGUGCGAUUUCAAAGCGUUGCUGCAGGAAAUCUGCCAGGGAGGAUUCGUCAGCAUUUAUGAGAAAGUGCGAGAUGUUGUCCUGGUGGGUUCCCCCGCCCCGCCAGCCCACACAGAAGUAACGCCCUUGCCCAUUGUCAAUCCUCCUAUUCAAAUGGGAGCGAUCGUGCACUCCUCACAUGGCCUGGACCAAAGCCCUGUGAGCCCCUUCAACUCUUCUCUUCAUCCUGAAGUUCCCAUUUUUGUCUUCUCACCUUUUGGCUCCAAACUGUCGUCAGGGUCCAGACAGAGAGGCUCUCAGCGCCGGCCCAGAAAGAAACACCACUUGAACUGACUUUCAAUACUACCUUUCUUCAACUCUCACACACACACACACACACACACACACACACACACACACACACACACACACAGAUACACACACACACUUACUGUUACUUUAGCAGUACUUUUUAUUUGAAUUUUAAGUGUUCAUUUCAGUACUGAAUACUCCCUCAGUGCAGUAUUAGAAGCAGGACUCACUAUGCUUGUAUUUUAAAGGCCAUUUCAUUGCUUUUUAACUUCAAUCAAACUCAUGUAAAAUAUUGUGUUUGUACCUUUUUAAAACAACUCAGAUGUAAGAGUGGCCGCCUCAGCAAAUUGAGGGUUCCAGGUUCAAUUCCAGCUUCUAGCUAGUCACACCGGUUGUGUCCUUGGACAAGACACUCGGUCCAGCUGGCUCCCAGUGCCGCUCACACUGCUGUGAGUGUGAAUGUCAAUACAUGUGCGGUGCUGGUCGCAGGCCCAAAUGUAUCUUACCACCAUCCAGCCAUUGUGCAGUGAUGGCUUCUCACUUUUCUGUCAAGCGCUUUGACUGUCGAGAAAAGCGCUCUAGAAAUGUAAUCCAUUAUUAUUAUUAUGCCUUUCUAUGUAUCUUCUACACACCAUGCACAUACAUUCAAACACUUUGCCAGUCCUUUUAAUUAGAAGCCUCUAGCACAGGGGGUCAAACUCAUUUUAGAUGGGGGGCAACAUGGAGAAAAAUGUACCGUAUUUUCCGCACCAUAAGCCGCCCUGGGUUAUAAGCCGCGCCUUCAAUGAACGGCAUAUUUCAAAACUUUGUCCACCUAUAAGCCGCCCCGUGUUGUAAGCCGCAUCUAACUGUGCUAAAGGAAUGUCAAAAAAACAGUCAGAUAGGUCAGUCAAACUUUAAUAAUAUAUUAAAAACCAGCGUGAUGUGGGCGCGCAUGGAGUCGUAUAUCAACAUGGACGGAGCUGCGUGAAAAAAGCCACCCGGCCUCUUCGCGUAAACUUACCUUAACCACUCGCUCAUCUUUUCUUCAUCCAUCCCUUCGAGUUAGCUUUUAUGAUGACGCCGGCUGGAAAGGUCUCUUUUGGCAAGGUCUUCCUUUUGAAUAUCACCAUGGGUGGAAGUUUCUGGCCAUUAGCAUGGCAAGCUACAACCACAGUGAAGGAUGACUUCUCAUUCCCUGUGGUGCGAAUAUUCACCGUACGUGCUCCCGUUGUAUCCACAGUGCGGUUCACAGGAAUAUCAAAAGUCAGUGGAACCUCGUCCAUGUUGAUAAUGUUCUCUGGCCGGAUCUUUUUUUCAGCUAUCUUGUUUUUACAAUAUGCACGGAAAGUAGCCAGCUUUUCUUGAAAGUCUUUAGGCAGUUGCUGUGAAAUAGUAGUCCGUGUGCGGAUGGAGAGAUUGCGUCUUUUCAUGAACCGGAUCCCUGUCGCUUAGU